GGGAGGGGGUUGGGAGCUGUGGGGGCUGAUGAACCCAGGCCCUCCCACUGCACUGGACGCCAUGGGGCUGGGGCUGCUGCUCCCAGUUCUGCUGUUCUGGACUCGGGGGACCGAGGGAUCCAUGCUGAACCCCAAUGGGCAGCAUGUCUGCACCAGCAGCAGCCCCUCUGAUGAGCUCCAGUGCUGCCCAGGCUGGAGGCAGAAAGAUCAAGAAUGCACCAUCCCCAUCUGUGAGGGACUGGACACCUGCCGGAAAGAUGAAGUAUGUGUGAAGCCAGGCCUCUGUCGAUGCAAACCUGGAUUCUUUGGGGCCCACUGCAGCUCCCGCUGCCCCGGCCAGUACUGGGGUCCUGACUGCCGUGAGACCUGCCCCUGUCACCCGCAUGGACAGUGCGAGCCAGCCACCGGUGUGUGCCAAUGCCAAGCUGACCGCUGGGGCCCUCUCUGUGAGUUCUUGUGCACCUGCGGCCCCCACGGGCGUUGUGAACCCGCUAAGGGCACAUGUCUCUGUGACCCAGGCUGGUGGUCAUCCACGUGUCGCCGCUCAUGCCAGUGCAAGCCAGGAACAAGCUGUGACCCAGACACGGGCGCCUGCCUGUGCCCUUCAGGCUGGUGGGGCCGCCGCUGCAGCUUCCGCUGCUCCUGCCACACCUCGCCUUGCGUGCAGGACUCCGGUCGCUGCAUAUGCCUGGAGGGCUGGUGGGGCCCUGAGUGCAAGCGGCGGUGUGAGUGCAUACGAGGCCACUGCAAUGUCGCUUCUGGCCAGUGCGCCUGCCCACCUGGCUUCCAAGGUGUGCACUGUGAGCUGCCCUGCAAUCCGGGCCGCUAUGGGGCACAGUGCAGCGAAAGUUGUGGCCAUUGCAAGCCGAAUACAAUGUGCUCUCCAGUCACAGGCAGCUGUGAGUCCUGCAAGCCAGGCUGGAAUGGAACACUGUGCAAGCAGCGAUGCUCACCUGGUACCUUUGGCGAGAGUUGCAGCCAGCAGUGCCCCCGCUGCCGGCUUGGGGAGCCAUGCCAGACAGAAACCGGGCACUGUCAGAGCUGUGACCCUGGUUGGCUGGGGCCCAGGUGUGAAGACCCCUGCCCAACUGGCACCUUUGGGGAGGGCUGCGGCUCUACCUGCCCCACCUGUCUUCAGGGAACUUGUGAUGCUGUGACAGGGGAGUGUGUCUGCAAUGCUGGCUACUGGGGGACCAGCUGCAACAGUUCCUGCCCUCCUGGCUUCCAUGGAAACAAUUGUUCUCUGCCCUGCCGAUGUGCCGAGGGACUCUGCCACCCGGUCUCUGGUCUUGCCAACUGGUAAGGCCCUCAUGGCAAGAGUGCCCUCAUUGCAGGCAUCCUUGUGCCUCUGCUGCUGCUCCUCCUGGGCAUCGCCUGCUGUGUCUACUGCCGCUGGACCACUCGGUUGGACCCCAAGGACAGGCCAACAAGAGAUGACCCUGCCUUGUCCAGGAUGAAGCAGCAGGUCUGGGGAGCACUGAGCAGCCUGGGCUCUGCGCUGUCCUGUGGCUCUCUCAGCAACUACAGGCUUCCCUGGGUGACAGUCUCUCACCAUGACCCGGAGGUCCCCUUCAACCACAGUUUCAUUGAGCCGCCCUCUGCCGCCUGGGCCUCUGAUGAUUCCUUCUCUUCUGAUCCUGAGUCUGGAGCAGAGGACGAGGGUCACACCUACUUCGUGCCACCCCAAGAAGGGAUGGUCCUCAUGACCCAAGCAGAGUCACCAGAGGUCAGCCUGGCUGGAGGCUCCUUCUCUCCCCCUGAGGAUGCCUCCACACCAUUCCCUAUCCCACGCACGUCCAGCCUGGCACGGGCCAAGCGGCCAUCGGUCUCCUUUGCUGAAGGCACCAAGUUUGCACCACAGAGCUGUCGAAGUUCAGGGGAGCUCUCCAGUCCAAUUCGAAAGCCCAAGAGGCUCUCCAAGGGGGCCCAGCCACGGCAUGAGGGCCAGGAGCCUGAGGACUCCGCAGGCCCAGAGCAAGCAAAAAUGGAGGGGGCGUCUCCUACUGCUGCCAACCCUGGAGAUGCUAGCUGCCACCAAGUCCCUCCUUGUGGCCAGAAAGCAGCUGAGCGUGUGGAAAUCAUCAAUGGCAGUGUCCAGGAGAACCCUGGCGCUGUAGCCACAAUCUACAUGUUGGCAGGGAAGCCCCAGAAAUCUGAGGGUCCUGGCCGGUCUGUUUUCCACCGUUUUGGUAACUUCCAGAAAGGCCUGGCAGAACCAGGCAGGAAGAGUGCCUUCCCUAAGCCUUUACUCCGAGCCCUGGGUCAGAACAAGGGCAAUCUGAGUCCUGGCUUAGCCUCCAAUGACAAGUUCAUGGAGGUCAUGGGAGUUAGGCCAGGGGAAAUGUCCAGGGGUCUGGGGGAUGGUAUUGAGGGCACAGGGAGGAUCCAGGAGCAGAUCUCUGGGAACAGUCCCCCAGAACAGGAGCUCCAGAAGCAAGCUGAAGAGGAGGGGCAGGAAGAGCCCCUGUAUGAGAAUGUCGUGCUCAUGUCCGGGCCGCCACAGCACUGAGGACCUUGAAUUUGUGGGGAAACCUAUGGAUGGGGUGCAGAGGGGAUGGUGAGAGCACCAGAACUGUCCAUGGGCCAGAUUGUACUUUGUGUUGGAAAAUGAUCCUGGGGCCAGAAAAGACAUACCAGAGCCUCUGCUCUGGAAGAGGCUAGGGUUAGAGGCCAGCUGGCUGCGGGCCCUGGCAGUACCCCCAGAGCCUGUCUGGAAGGCCUGGGCAGAGACCCUGCAGGACGGUGCCAGGAAGAGGAGGGAAGAGAUGUCUGCAGGGACUUUUUGUCUGCUGCCCUGGAUCCUGCCCCAAAGAACUGUGUCUUUCCUUCAUUUGCAAAAUAUUUUCCUGACAUGGGAAACAACCUAAAUGUUUAAGCGAAUAUUUCCCAUGAUCUGUUGCAAUACCGCCACUAAAAAUCAUGUCGUGCAAAACAUUUAAUCAUGAGAGAAUGCUCAUGCUAGGCUGAGUGUGUAAAAACUUGCAGAGCUGGAGGUGUGGCUCAAGUGCCAGAGCAAGCUCAGGCCCUGAGAUCAAACCCCAGAACCGACAAAAAUGAACAAACAAAAAAAGUAAGUUACAAAUUAGGGAACAGUACAGUGCCAUUCUUUUCUUAGUUAUCAUUUUCUUUUUUUCUAGUGCUGGGCAUUGAACCCGGGGCUUCAGGAUGCUAAGCAAGCGCUCUACUUCUGAGCUACACCACCAACUCCCCUUCCAUUGUUUUCUUUUUAAAAACUUUAUUUCUUUUAAUCUCAGGAUACACAUUUGGAAUUCUCCCUUUUUGUGUAUGUCUAGUGACUGUUUUAUGAAUUGUUUUUAAAAAGGAUGUGCAUAAAAAAGAUUCAAAGGAAAAGCAUCCAAUUGU